AUGGUCAAACGACGUGCAGGAGGACAGGAGACGGUGGCUGCAGACUGGUGGCUGACUGUCGUGAACGGACGGACGGACGGACGAACGGACGGACGAAUCGAGAGGAGGUUCAGCGAGGCUCAGCCAAAACGCAUAUACUACACGGGAACAGGCGAGAGGAGCGAUUAUGAUGCGAGGACAAAGGGGUUCCGCGACGCAGCCGGUGGUCACACAAUGGGCACGAGCCGCCGCAGAGUGGACAACAACCGUUGUUUACCCGUGCCGGCGACGAUCGCUUACGAUGACGGCGAUGACUACGACGACGACGACGUCGUUCAAGUAAUGGCGAACAGGUGGCGGUGGCGGUGGCAGUAG